AUGCUUCGAAUCCUUCGAGCGAGUGGACUAAGCUCCAGCUUUACACCUUUCCGGGCGCUGUUGUCGUCGUCGAGCUCUCCGGACCCUCAACGGGGACUGUCUGUGGUGUUCUUUGGUACUGAUGACUUCUCACUUCCAGUUCUCAAUGCUCUGGUGGAGGCCCGCGACUGCGAUGGGAGUGUGGCAUCGAUCGAGGUGGUGGUGCCCAAGCUGAAGGAUCCUUCCGCCAAGUGUACCAUUGAAUCUGUUGCUCGAUCGGCUGGUCUUCGAGUCCAUGUCCCCAAUCGGAGGACUACCCUCAAGUACUGGGGCCUGCCCGGUGCCCCGCCUCCGGGCGGCUCGGACGGUGAUGGCGACGAUGAUGGCGAGCCUAUGGAGAUCGGUCCGCGAUACGAUGUUGGCGUUGUGGCUUCGUUUGGCUAUCUCAUUCGCCCGCACAUUGCCUCGGCCUUUCGGCUUGGCAUCAUCAAUGUCCACCCGUCAGACUUGCCGCGCCACCGCGGCCCGGCCCCUCUUCAUCACACCAUUCUCGCUGGCGAUACCACGACGGCUGUCUGUCUCAUCGACGUCGAUCCGACUGCGUUUGAUGUUGGCGCUCUGCUCGCCCGUUCGCCCCUUGAUCUCACUACCCUCCCGGACACUCCGUUCCCACCACCGCUUCCGGUCCUCUCGUCGACGCUGGCCGGUACUGGCGGCAAGCUCGUUCGCUCGGCGCUGCGGUCAUGGAACGCGACACUCGACGCGGCUGUCGACCAAGAUCGGCUGGGUGCCGAGCCGAGCCACGCACCCAAGGUGAGCAAGGACGACGCAAUUGUGCCGUGGGCCACCGCACCGGCCGCGCACGUCCUCCGCCUCCACCGCGCCUUUGCCGGCUCGUUUGACGCCCAAGCGUUUGUGACGCUACCGGCGCGCCGCAAGCCGGACGGCGCCCGCAAGCGGGUCAAACUGCUCGAGCUUGAUGUAGUCGCUGCCGGCGAUCCAGCAGCUGGAGACGCCGCUCAGUUGGCACCGGGCACGAUCGCCUUCGACAAGCCGCGUAAGAGGCUAUUGGUCGGCACUGCUGACGCCGUGGGCGUCGCCGUCGGCUCGCUGCAGGUUGAGGGCAAGGCCCCGUGCUCGGCCGUCGACUUUGCCAACGCCUAUCUCCGCCGGCUGCUAGGCUCCGGCUUUGUGGUUUAG